AUGAAAGAAAACCACGAAGGGUCGGAUUGGGAUUUAAGAAUCGCCAAACUUGUUAGCUGGCUGAAAAGCUCAGAGUACUUUAGAGUUAAUGAUAAUGUGUUCUUGCAAGAUACACCGGAAUCAGGACGAGGACUUUACUUAAAAGCAGACACUGUUAGCAAAAACGAUGUUGUGGUAUCUAUACCGAGCGAGUAUCAGCUUAACUUUCACUCAGUCGUGUACCAUAUUUCGAAGUUCAACGCGGAUUUGUACUUUGAGCGAGUAACUUGUUCGGAUAACGAUCGCGUUGAAGAUGGUGGCGAUCCGCGGUCAAAACUUUACAAGAUUUUGACAACUAACGUAGUGUCGAAAUUAAGCUCUUUCCAGCUGCUGUGUUUGUAUAUUAUGUUCGAAUGGAAAUUGCUACCGUUUUUGAAUGGUCCAGUGUCCUUUUGGAAGCCUUUCUUCGACGUCUUCCCAGCUGCAAGCGAACUUAAGAGCAUUCCAUCGAGCUGGGUUCUUUUACCCGAGUCAUGCAAUAAAGCACUUUUUGAAUCUCUUCCAGCUGCAUCCAUGAUACACGCUCAACGCAUCGCGGACCAGGUACUUACAGACUGGCGAACGGUAAGUCCAGUAUUGCAAAUGUGGUCUAAUGCCAUCGAGGAACGUAUACGACCCACAGUGAAUGAACUUUUUCAGCACUUUGUUCAUACCUAUUUUGUGAUCAACUCAAGAUGCUUGUACAUUGAUGUUCCUCUCAAGAAAAGCAUUGCAGAUAAUUUUACAAUGGUCCCCUUCGUAGACUUUCUGAAUCACUCCUCAGAUUCUGAGUUGUAUUGUACACCGCGUAUUGAAGUUUUGAAGCGUGGUGUAUGUGGUCUUGGGACAUUCAACAUUGUGGGUGGAAAUUACAAAUACAGCACCGUCGGUGAACAGAUCCUCCUGAACUAUGGUGCCCAUUCAAACGACUUUUUACUUUGCGAGUACGGUUUUACGCUUAAGGACAACAAGUGGAACUAUAUAGACGUGUCCCCAGAGGUUGAAAGACUUAUCGAAGAGGAAACUACGAAACGGUUUCUACAGGAGAAUGGAUUUUGGGGGGACUACACGAUUUCAGAAAGUGACAUAAGUUUUCGCACAUUAGUUGCACUGGCAGCUGCCAGCAGCUCUAAUGUAAGAAAAGUAGAGAAGUUCAUGUUAGGGUAUCUAACAGAAGAUUCAUUUUACCCCCAUCUGCAGACGUUACUUCAAGAAUUUCUGCACUCUCUCUUGGAAGGGAUCGCCGUCAAAACUCGACAGCUUGAAACGCCGGAAUUUUGCGAUCAGGAGUGCGUGAAUAACAUUUUACAAAUCUACAACGGAUAUACCAACAUCAUCAAGAAUCAUCUCAAGGACUCUGUAUUGGCACAUUAA